CAAUCAUCCAGAAGGUCAAACUCUCCCCUGUUUCGACUUGGUUCCCUGCUCCUGCCCUGAAAGGAGUUGUCUUGGUUCCCUGCCCCUGCCCUGAAAGCAGCAGUUGGAGAGUCGAAUCGUCCUUCUUCUCUCCGGCGGGAGGAGGCGGGCGGUGGGCGGUGGGCGGCGGCAGGACCGUGAUGACGAGCAGCAGCAACAACGGCGGCCGGCCAGACGACGGCGGCGAGGUGGUCCUGGACCACGAGUACCAAGAGGAGUACGUGAGGAACUCGCGGGGGAUGAGCCUCUUCGCAUGCAGAUGGCUGCCGGCAGUUGCAGGCAAGAGGGGGAGGGCUCCAGCUCCAAAGGCGCUCGUCUUCCUCUGCCACGGCUACGCCGUGGAGUGCAGCGUGACGAUGCGCGGCACCGGCGAGCGCCUGGCGCGUGCCGGCUACGCCGUCUACGGCCUGGACUACGAGGGCCACGGCCGCUCCGACGGGCUGCAGGGCUACGUGCCGGAUUUCGACGCGCUGGUGCUGGACUGCGACGAGUACUUCACCUCGGUGGUGGCGGCGGCGGCGCAGUCGCAGUCCAAGGACGCCCACCAACUUCCCCGGUUCCUGCUCGGGGAGUCCAUGGGCGGCGCCGUGGCUCUCCUCCUCCACCGCCGGCGCCCCGAGUACUGGAGCGGCGCCGUGCUGGUGGCGCCCAUGUGCAAGAUCGCCGACGACAUGCGGCCUCACCCGCUGGUGGUCAACAUCCUCAGGGCCAUGACCACCAUCAUCCCGACGUGGAAGAUCGUGCCCAGCAACGACGUCAUCGACGCGGCGUACAGGAGCCAGGAGAAGAGGGACGAGAUCCGCAGCAACCCUUACUGCUACAAGGACAAGCCGCGACUCAAGACCGCCUACGAGCUGCUCAAAGUCAGCUUGGACCUCGAGCACAACCUCCUCCACCAGGUGUCGUUGCCGUUCCUGAUCGUGCACGGCGGGGCAGACAAGGUGACGGACCCGUCGGUGAGCGAGCUGCUGUACCAAUCGGCGGCGAGCCAGGACAAGACGCUCAAGUUCUAUCCGGGCAUGUGGCACGCCCUCACCUCCGGCGAGUCGCCCGACAACAUCCAAGCCGUUUUCCAAGACAUCAUCGCCUGGCUCGACCACAGGUCACCCGACACGGAACAGGAGGAGCUGGUGUCGUCGGAGGUGGAGCAGAAGGCCAAGCACGACGACCAGCGCCACCAGGAGCAGCUCCAGGACGGCAACAAAUAGCUAGCUGCUUGCUUGCCUGCUGCUUUCUUCUCUUUACAGAACGAACCGUUUCAUUUGGUCAUGCAUGGAUACACAUCAUGUCUCAGUGAUACGUACCGACUAAAUUAAAUUAUUAGAUCGACCGCGCUUACCUAGAAAUUAAACAAUCAGCUGUUCGACAUCAUAUAUCAUCAGGUCCUUUAUUAAUUUUAGACUCCAACGUGAUGCAUU